ACUUGUGCGACACCGCCUCCAAAACGCUACAUCGGUGAUAGAUAGACAUUUUUUAAAAGUACCUCUUAAUUUUCCUAUUUAACUGCGAGCUGUAUUUAAAUAUCGAAGGCGUGAAAAUUAACAAUAUCUCAAUAUAUGCAUGCACGUCAACUGCCGGGUAUAGGUAAUGCACACAGCAAUUCGUUGCAUGAUAGUGUUAUUUAUCGAGAGCUCGCAGUAAAUCGCAACAUUGCCGGACGAGUGGAGAUGGGUCAUCAGAUGAUGCUCGAAGUCGUGCAGUCGGCAAGACUCUGCAAGCUGCUGGAAUCGUGGACAGGCGAAGAGUCUUUGCUGCAGCCGCUGUGGGACGUCCUCCGCCUGAACUACGGGCACACGCUGCGUUCGCCCAUCUUCCCCGCCGUCCUGUCCGUGAUGGCUUACUACGUGUUCUGCCUGCUCUUCACCGCCGUGGGCCUCGUGGCUCGCCGGCUGGCUCCUCACUUGCGCCACUACAAGAUUCAAGCGAGCAAAGAGGAGCCGAGCCUGAGGGCCGUCUGCGACUGCGUGGCGCUCACUAUCUACAACAACGUCGUGUUCGUCUUGCCGGCCACGGUGGCUCAGUGGUAUUGGCGGCCGGCCAUCGACCUGCCAGAGAAGGCACCCAGCCUCUUUGAGCUUUGCCACGGCGUUCUGGCCUGCCUGCUGCUGUUCGACUUUCAGUACUUUGCCUGGCACCUACUGCACCACCGUGUGCGCUGGCUGUACAGGACUUUCCAUGCUGUACACCAUGAAUGUACCGUGCCCUUUGCGUGGAGCACGCAGUACAUGGGCGGCUGGGAGCUCAUGAGCGUGGGCCUCUGGACCACCAUCGAUCCCAUCGUGCUCCACUGCCACCUUCUCACCACGUGGACGUUCAUGCUGCUCAAUGUCUACCUCUCCAUCGAGGAUCAUUCGGGGUACGACCUGCCCUGGGGGCUUCAUCAUCUGCUGCCCAGAGGCCUCUACGGAGGGGCACCGCACCACGACCUUCACCACCAGAAGCCGACGAAAAACUUCGCCCCUUACUUCUGUCACUGGGACAAGAUCUUUGGGACAUCCGUGGAAGCCACACCAAUGGACAAGUCUCUGCAAGCGUCACGCUGAUGCUACGAACGCAGAGAUGAGUGCCUGCGCGUGGCGCAAAUUCGUGUCGCCCUUGGCUACAGCUCCACACAGUUGGUCGGCCACAACGUAAUCCACCUCACUAUCUUGCCGGAGCGAAGUUCCGUCAGCAAAUGACGCUGGGCGGGAUGCGUUUCAGUUACCAGGAUUUGUUCUCUUCUUUCGUGGCAAAACGCGGCGAAAGCCACGCGCAGCGAUGUCUUAUUUUAAACGCUAAAAAGGGGAGUAAAUUGUCCCUUAAUAUAUGUGACAAGAAGUUAUCAUGCUUGAGCUGGCCGUCACGCUGGCUGCUCGAAGUCAGUGUUCUCAUCAAGUGACAGAGACGGUAACUUUUUGAAGCUGAAUUUGCAAUGGAAAUAAUGAUAAAAAUGUGAGCAAUGAUUGUACAUCUUUACAACGGAAUUGCUGUCGCAAAUAUAUGGUCUCCAUCACAAGUACAUGUUAGUUAUAAAUGGACAGAUUAUUUUUUUAUCCUUCAUGUAUGUAUGUUGAAUUUCGUUCGCACCGUACGUAACCAACCGUGCUAAUCGGAGGUGUGAGGGUAAGGACCACAAACUAAACACAAAAAAGCAGUUCAAAUGAAAUUCGCUUUCAAUCUCGAAUUAAAAGUGUAUAGCUGAUGUUCGUCUAUCAGAGAGCAGGUUGCACUUUGUAGUGGACUACAGUGUGGGUAUGCCCAUCUCCAGAGUCACCUGAAAGCAAGUGCAAGGACUGCAUUAUUUAUAUUUCGUACUUACAAGUUUAGCGACUGCAUUGGUGCUCCUAAUUUGUUGAAUUGGUAGGCGGGGGCCGAGUUUGAUGUGGAAUUCACACGUCGAUGCCUGCUUCUCCUGUCUAACGGAAUUUUACAGGGGAAGUUGGGACAGUGGGUGGUUCAUAAUCAAUCCGUAUGGAUCGAUUUCAUAUUUAUUUGGACAUUACAGGACAGCCAAAAUCAAACUUUUUUUAAAUAAUACUCUGUCAUGUAAUGAGCCCAAGUUUUAACAUAUUUGGUUUUAUUAUGCAAAGUAUCAGAAUUACUGGGUUGGAAUGUCAUCUACAUUGAAAUAAUUAUUCGUAUUUCCAUUAGGCACUUGGGUUGAACCGGUGGGUCGCAUAGCGGUUCGUGACAUCGGUGGUGAUUACUGAAACGGUCCUGGACCAGCUGUUCGCUAGACCACUACCAGCGUGGUGUGUGUAUCGUCAAACAGCCUCCAGGACUGACACGGUGUGGGGAAGCCUUCACCCAGCAGUGGAUUGACAAAGGGCUGUAAAUUAUUAUUUGUAGAUACUUGGUGCCUGAGUGAAAUAUCGCAAUGCGUUUUAACGAAAUAAUAUUUUUUUGUUCAAACCACGGUAGUGUGAAAAUUAAAUUAUUUAUAGUGAAUAUGCAGUAGUAGAUUGUAGACUGUGAUAUAAUUUUGCCAAUCUGGCCUCAGAUAUAUUAUUUCAGCUAUUACAAAUGCAUGUCAACACUCAUUAAUAAGUAGAUAACACCUUAAUAUAAAGAGGACCGCAGACCAUUUUAACGAUUAAACUAUUAAUUUUUUUACCAGGUAAAGCCCAUAUAGCUCGUUUUCAUAAGCGACCUGGCCACAAAAGAUAGCUCAACAAAGUGGCUUAUCGCGUGGAAAUUUAUAGCAGCCAAACACUCUAAACGCACGUUCCAGAUGUCGAGGGAAAUACCGGAGGACCCGGAAAAAAAUCUACACGACCACGAGGAGAACACGCAAACUCCAAAUAUACAGCAGCAGGCGUCAGGGUCGGGAUCGAUUCUACAACCUCCUGUAUACCAGGCGAGGUAGUUAACAUCUCCUAGCCACCGUGGCGUCCUUGGGCAAUUGUUGGUAGCACGAGGUCACCGCGUGCCCUCCCACUUUUCUGUGGUUCUUCUUCCCUGCGCCCUCUGAGUUGCUCUCUCUCUACGAGGGCGAGCGAACACUGUGUGGCACAUUACAGGUUGAAAUUAUUAUAAUAAAAUCACAUUCGCCGCUUUUUGCAAAGGUUUGCGGUUCUAUUCCAGUGGCCAUCCUGGUUAAUACUGCAGUGUGUAUUUACCAAAUAAUACAUGCCAUGUGCUUCACAGUGGAUGUUGAAGAUCCCCUGAUGGCCGUUGUGUACUGGAGAACGGGCUACAAAUGUGCGGAAUUCGAAAUUGACGCAGUAAAUUACUCAAUUGAGAUUACACACAGCAACAAUCAUCUCCCCCCUACUGGCAGACUAAUACCCUAGGUCGCUCCUGCAAAUGAGACCCAUCCUUGUCUUUUGAGGUCUCGCCUAGUUAUAUAAUAAUGUACUUGGAUUAUAUAAUAGACGUGUAAUGGCAUGUUACAUAACGAUCGCAACAAAUGUUAUUUAUAGUGUCGUUACGGUUGUUCAGGGGCGGAAAAAAAGGCUUGCUAGGAACUAUUUUCAUGACGGGCACCUUUGUACGGCCUACGAUGUGCCACGGUGCAGAGUGCAGAGAGGGGGCCCCAGGUCUGGCCACACGUUGGGCCAAUGGGCCAAACCCGGCCUCGAGAACUCACCUAGCCUGGGCACGUCACAUCACUCCAAGUCGCCAUUCAAAAAAGGCCCCGCGGAGUUGUGAAGAGAACAUAAAUAAAAGUCACCCUUUUGUUAAGACGACGGUGUGAAAGAGUUGAGUGAUUACCGGGCCCACUGUGUGUUAUGUGGGCUCUGUAGAGGCUUGGCAUAGCGGUGGGGAAGUUGGUGGUGGCUACAACCUGCGGAGUGAGGAAUGCAAUGUGGCGGCGUAAGUGCUUUAUGGACACAUCUCUCCGACAUCUUGUAUCUCUGAUUACAUCUUUCUCCUAUCGGACAUCUGUCUUCUGCCGCCAAACUCCUGGCUCAUUGUCUGAUCUUCACCCAUCUGGGCUAGCGUUAUCAUCUUCUUGUCUCCACGCCUCUGCUCUCACUCCCCUCCAACAAAAGCAAAAUGAUUCCGCACGAGUUAUUUCCAAUCUCCCCUUUAAUUUUGCACACUUCGCCUCUCCUCGUUCAACUCCAUUUCCGAUGUUUUUUACCUACGUGACUUUACCGAAAAAAAGAAUAUGAAUCAUUGCAGUCACGAAAGCUUCAAAUCUAGAAUCCAUUUCCGAUACCGGUAUUUUGAAAUACCUGACGCUAGUCAACAAAUAUCUUCAUGUCCUUGCCCCACCUCAUCUUGCCUCUCUGAUCUCCGUCCAUGUCCCCUCCGUUCGUCCUCUUAUUCCCAAUCUACUCUCGGUAUAUUUCU